GGCAGUCACGUGCGCGGCGGGGCGGGAAAGGAAGGGGAAGGAAAGGUCGGGAAAUGCUGCGGGCUCUGGAGAAGCUCCCGCCGGGACGGGCCCUCGAGUUCCUUCAUAAAAUAAUUGAUGGCAUAUGUGGCCGUGGGUAUCCUCGAUACCAGGACUAUGGCAGUAUUUGGAGCUUGUCAGAGUGGAUGGAGGUUUUAGAAGAAACAAGGACGUAUUUCAGAACUGCAGUUGGCAAGAACUUAACUGAUGAAGAGGCUGCUCAACAGAUCAAUGAGUUAAAUUCAAAUUGUCAAGAAGCAAUCACAAAGUGCCUAAAAGGCAGAAAGGAAGAAAUCAGGAAUGCUCUAGUGGAAAGAGUAAAUGCUAUCUCUUCUGCCCAGCUGCAAGAUUUUGACUGGCAGUUAAAGCUUGCUCUAUCCAGUGAUAAGAUCUCCAUGCUGCAAAUGCCACUUCUCAAUCUUGAUUUGGAUGUGAGAGAAAAUGGUGAAAUUAAACCAGUUUCUAUAGAGAUGAAUAAGGAAGAGUUGCAGAACCUAAUAAAUGCACUGGAAGCUGCAAAUAAGGUUGUCUUGCAACUGAAGUGAUGGAAUUCAGAUCAUCAGCAGCAUCUGCUGGUGAUGGCUCCCCAGUUGACUUUGGUGAGAAAAAAAGUUCUUUGCAAAGCCAAAAGUUGUUGACGCUGUAAAGUGUGUGAAGGCUGUUACAACUUGUGACCAAAUAACCUACUAAUCCUGUGAUAAAAAUAAUAAAAUUGUGUAUCUGAUUGACCAAAAAUAUAAAAUUUCAAUGUAUGGAUGCUUUUAGCAUCCUAAGAGUUAUAGAACUAUGUAUCACAUGUGUUGUAUCUGUUUUGGUUAAAUUUCAUCGGUGACUGCACAGAUGCCUGGUAAAACUGAGGCAUCUUACUGCAUAAUACAUUACCCUUGUCUGAAGUGCCAUGAUAAUGAAGAACGUGACAAAGUACUUGUAGCAUUAAUCUAUUUAUACUUGUAAAUAGUAAAUAAACAUUUGAUUUUUGUGUGUGAAUAAGUACAGAAAAUUGUUUCCUGAUUUAAUAAUCGCUAAACUCAGUCUUUUCAGAUACUGGAAAAAAUCUUCUUUACAAACAAAAGUAGUCUUCAGGAGCAUGUUAUCUUUUAGUUUUAAGUUUAUUGAAUAAAUUGGUCAGAUCUACUUA